GAUGGGCGUGGACGAGGCAAAUAUAUAACAAGAUGCCUUCAUGUCUCUCGGUUGUGUUUUGUUGACUGUGGCAAAAUAGUAGUGCGUGGAGUUGCUUGAAGGUGCUGCUGCAACACGGUAGGUUAAAAAACUUUAUUUCAUGAAAGUGGGGAAAAUAAGGAGGUCAGACAUGGACGAUAGUAUUGGGUUACUGAGCGUCCCUACACGCAACCAAUGUUAUUUCCCUUCCGUUAACUUUUCUUGCACCAUCCUCGACUCAUGACAGCAACUUUCUGUGAGCAAAACUGUGGACGACGUGGAGGUUUUAUCGGCUUUGGCUUCAAGUGAAUUCUUCUAUCUGAGGUACAAGGCGACCAAACCGCGCGUUUCUCAGCCUUAUUCUCCUCGUGUGCUCACAUGCAGAAAGUUAAACUCUGAAACAGUCGCCUGCAGAAUUAGCCACUGACCCACGUAGACAAGACCGUCAUUGUCGAAAACAGCUCUGAUGUACUCUCCUGGUUUAAUCGUUUCAUAACUGUAAACUUAUUAACUAUCAUCAGACUAUUCUAGCCAAAAUUUACGCAGAUGUGGUGGCGCGUGCUUGUUCGCUGCAUGCGCACGCGGAGCUGUACCGAAACAUUUCUCAGACUUCUGAGUGGAUCAGCACUUUCCUGUUUGUUUAUAUGAACGUGUCAGAAAAGAUAAUGAAUCGGGCUGAAAUUGCAGAAAUGAAUCCAUCUGGUCACGGUGGAAAGAAAUGUUCCAGUUUGUACAGUUUCAGACUAUCUCUAACCUUCAAAUGGACAAAAACACUUCGUUCAAAGUUACAGUUUUGCUUUAGGGCAAACGUCGGCUACUCCUCAAAAGUUUUUCAUAGAAUAAUUGUGAUUGUAGCUGUCUUUAGGUGUCUUUAUAUGUGCCAGAUAUUAAGCUGCAUUAUUAAUUUUGUGUGUUUUUUGUUUCUGUUUUUAAUACAGUAUGCCAUGUAUAACAAAGGCUACUGUUUCUACUCACAUGUCUGGAACUAGAAAGACAAAUAAAUGUAGUUGUGAAUAUUUUAUGUACUGGUGUGACAAAAAUAAAAGGACAGAGAUAGAAUGAAAAUCAGAUAAAAUUAAUACCCUUUGGCAUUUUCCUUUUGACAUUCCUCUCUGAUUCUGGCCUCCAAUGUCAAAAUAUGACGUUUUUUGGUCUAAGCAGUGUAUGACUAAGUGUCUUUGGGACCUGGUUGGUGUUGUGUGUAUUAUUAACAGGGGAAUUUAAAAUAACCAAAACUGUGAUAUUUGUAAAUUUUCAUGACUUUUCAUGACUCAUCCCUUAAGUUCUACACAAGUCAUUCAGUUAUAGUCUUUAUUUUGUGGUUUUAUUGAGAUGUAUAUCUUUAACUCUUGGUUACACAAUGAGUGCAAUUUCAACACUUGAACCUGGACCAAAAAUUUAUUUGAAAUUUUGUACAAAUGAAAUUAUUUCAUUGAGAAGAUAAUAAACAGAUAAGUAAACCAGGAAAAAGAUUUCUACUUGCAUAUGCAUGUUUUCAGUAUCCGCUGUAAACUGCCAUUGAUCAUGUUAUUUUAUUAGUGCUUAAACUUCCCAUGAAUAAAUUAUACAAUAGGCUAUAUACAGUAAAUGAUCUCCUGACUCUCAGGGUCAAUUUCUCUUCUUGGGUCCCGCCGCCCAAGUGGAUCUCAGAGGAACCAACAGUUAGUUCUUGGUUAAUUAAUGACUGGCUUAUGUUAUCACUCCUGUUGUUGGGGGAAAUCUAUAUUAAGGCUGGUUGAACACAGAAUUAGUCAAUUAGAUUGCUAAUUAAUAGCAAACAUUUUUUACUAUCGACCCUUGCUGCCAUGGCAGAGCAUGAGGGUCAAUUGCAGUUAGCACUACUCAGCAAAUGGGGAAUGUUGAGAGGAUUGGACUCCACUCAGUUAUCUGUGCUCUUUAAUUUAAUCUACAAUGUAUUCUGAUUAUCUAACACCAGAAUAACUAACAAACCAGUUCAUUACCACAGAGUUAUUUUGUCUCUUUGCUCAUGGGGAUGGAUAGGUUGUCAUUUUUAAUUAUUUUUUUUCAAAGCUAGAAUGAUCCAGGCUGUAUUUCACUCUGACUUGACGGAGCACAAAGUUUAGUAUUCUUUCCUCUCCUUCUCCGCACUGGCAGAGCUCUAAGGCCAAAAUCCCCUUUUCUGCUACUUCACUUCCUUCCAUACAAAUGAGUCUUCUUUCAAUUGAACUCAUAUGUUAGAAUUACCACUGGGAACAUCCACUUAUCCUCUUGUGGGUAAUUGGCAGUAGAUUUGUUUUGUUAAAUCUCAGACACAUCUUUAAAGUUUACAUCCUGACAGCAUAAUACCUUUAAGUGCUGUGAAAUCACUUUGUGUAGCAAUGCAGAGCAUACAAGACAAUGUUGAAAUGUAAAGGAGGCUUUGAACUGACACAGAAAGAUAGACUGAGAAACAGGCUGAUAUCUCAGCCACUGAUCUGACUGAGGCUGUUUUCUGAAUGUUUCUUAUAGUAGAGUGAGUUCCAAUUCAAUAUUUUAUGACUUAUCAAAACCCAUGGGCAAUAUUAAGUGAGUGUAAUGUGAAAUGCUUCAGCGAAAGCCAGUCUUUUUUUUUUUUAAACAAAAAGUUAUUUUGAAGGCAGCAAACAUUGCCUGAAGCUUGUGAUAAUAACAUUUCAGUGUCUGUUAUCUCUCUCUUGUGACAGGCAUGCAAACAGAAGUGACACAGAGGCCAGAGUACAACUAACCAGACUCCCUGGAAAACAUUUCUCUGAUCUUCAGAGCAACAACCCUCAGAUUUUCUCACUGAACAGCACAAGUCAUGUACCAAGUCGUACCAGGAGGAGCGGGAGGCACAAUUACAGAUGUUAUCCCCAAGCAGAAACACAGCAAGGACACUCGACCCUUAGUAGGAGCUGGCGUAAUCGGCCUGGUGCUGGUGAUUGCAGCUGUGACUGCAUGGUGUUAUUACAUAGCCUCUCUCCGCAAGGCUGAGCUGCUUAAGACUCAGCUGCUGGAUCUAAAUAAAGAUGGCUAUAUUAUCCGCAACCAGGGAGGGUCCAUUGUUUUCAGGAUGGAUUUCAGGUUGGUACUUUUUCAGUGUUGCGUAUUCAAGUAAGAUCUGUGAAUAAAUGUAAAGUCAUUUAAUCGAUUCAACAAUAAAUAAAUGAGAUAUGUGUUAAGUGUCAAUUUUAGAGGAAAAUAAAUUCAUUUCUUUGUAGGUCAGGUACAUUGGAUUUGGAUUCAUGCACCAAAGAAGGGGAGAUGUUGAGCUGUGGACGCACCACUGAUAGAAAACUCAACUUCUUUAUAGAGACGGUGCAACCUAAGGAAACUGUGCAGUGCUACCGAGUGCGUUGGGAGGAGCUGGUUCCUGACAUUCCUGUUGAACAUGCUAUGACUUACAAGUUUGCACACUGGUAUGGAGGAGCAGUGUCAGCAAUUCAGCACUGGCCUAUUUCUAUCUCAGGCCAACAAGCUCCCAAACCUUUUGUUACCAGUGACAUCUACUCAAACCGCAAUGAAUUUGGUGGUAUUUUGGAAAGUUAUUGGUUGUCUUCUAAUGCUACAGCCAUUAAGAUUAAUAAUUCUGUGCCCUUCCACCUGGGCUGGAAUGACACAGAGAAGACUAUGUUCUUCCAAGCGAGAUACAACGACAGUCCUUUCAAACCGAACCCAGGGGAGAAACCAUGUGCCGAACUCAGCUACAGAGUGUGCGUGGGCUUGGAUGUGACAUCCAUACAUAAAUACAUGGUCCGCAGAUACUUCAACAAGCCAAACAAGGUGCCUGCCAAAGCCAUGUUUCGCCAUCCUAUCUGGUCAACCUGGGCACUGCAUAAGACUGACAUCACCCAAGACAAGCUCUUGACCUAUGCUGCCAAUAUACGAAAACAUAACUUUAACUGCAGCCACUUAGAGCUGGAUGACCGCUACACUCCCCGCUAUGGAGAGUUUGAGUUUGACACAACAAAGUUCCCAAAUGCCUCAGCCAUGUUCCAAAAGCUGAAGUCAGAUGCAUUUCUGGUUUCUCUCUGGAUUCACCCGUUUGUUAACUAUGACUCUGAAAACUUUCAUGUCUGCGUAGAACGGGGUCUGUUUGUGAGGGAGCCAACAGGCAGACUACCGGCCUUGGUGCGCUGGUGGAAUGGCAUUGGUGGCAUUUUGGACUUUACAAAUCCAGAAGCCCGUGAUUGGUUUUCCUACCAGCUAAGAUCUCUGCGCUCCAGGUACGGUGUGGCGUCUUUUAAAUUCGAUGCAGGGGAAACCAACUACUUACCAUGGAAAUUUAGUACCAGAACACCAAUCAGGGACCCAAGUUUUUUCACAAGGCGUUACACAGAAAUGGCAAUUCCCUACAAUGACAGAGCUGAGCUUCGCAGUGGCUACCAGUCCCAAAACAUAUCCUGCUUCUUCAGACCAAUUGACAGAGACUCUGUGUGGGGCUAUGAGCUCGGUCUUAAAUCUCUUAUCCCCACAGUGCUCACCAUCAGCAUCCUUGGCUAUCAGUUCAUUUUACCUGACAUGAUUGGAGGGAAUGCUUAUCUGAACCGCACAGAUGGAAAUCGUGCGCUACCUGAUCGAGAACUCUAUAUCCGCUGGCUGGAGCUGUCAGCCUUCAUGCCCUCCAUGCAGUUUUCUGUGCCCCCUUGGGAAUACGACAAUGAGGUGGUUGAAAUUGCUCGCAAAUACACAGCCCUCCAUGAGAGUAUUGUGGCACCACGGGUCCUGGAGUUGGCCGGCGAGGUGCUGGACACAGGGGACCCAAUCAUACGUCCCCUGUGGUGGAUUGCCACAGGUGACGAGACAGCCUAUAAAAUCGACUCCCAAUUCCUGAUUGGGGAUGACCUCAUGGUAGCCCCAGUUUUAGAGCCGGGAAAGCAAGAGCGUGACAUCUACCUCCCUGCUGGCCGAUGGAGGAGCUACAAGGGAGAGAGAUUUGAUAUAAAGGAGCCUCUACACCUCACAGAUUAUCCUGUCGAUCUGGAUGAAAUUGCUUACUUUGUUUGGGUGUAGCAGGGGAAGAAUGUAUGAUCCGAUGAACAGACUUCAUAGCUUUAGCUCCUAUUUGCUUGUAAGACAAGCUUCAUAAAUAAGCUUUUAAUGCAUGACAAGAGUACGAUAAGUUGUACGAAAAAGAAGACUGUGAAACUGCCUCAGUGAAAAAUGCCUAAUAUUAGCUUUUAUCUAUAUUUUAAAUGAAGAAUGCCUAUUAUUCUGUUACACUCUUUUUAAGAUAAAGAUAGAUCAGCUGAAACAAGAGUGUGUAACUCUUGGUGAGUGAUACCCAUAGAAGCCAUAAGUAACAAUUAUGGGAACACAAUAAGUAGCAACACAAUAUUACAGCAGCAGAGAUAGAACAGAGUCAACAGGUCAACCAGCUGACUCAUCACAACAGUGACGCAGCUGUUGGUGGCCAACUCCUAGCUAAUGUUGGCCACCAUUAGCGACUGGCUCUAGCAGCGAAACCCAGCAUAUACUUAAGUUACAAAGGGGGUGUUUUAAUGGUUAUGAUAUCAGCCUUUUAUUUUUCUUCAAGGUAGAUGUGUUUGACAGCACUUCUAAAGCUAGUUUGCUUAAAAACCUUUUGCAAGCACGUUUAUAAAACAUUUGUGAAAAAGGGAAAAUGUAAACUGUGAGUUAAGUUCGUAAUAAUGUCAGAAUAAUUUUCUUUGUGUGUGUUUGUGCCCUUUUUUGGUUGAUUUGAAGCCUAAAAGGUAUCAUAUCAUGAAAGGACAACUGAAGAGGUGUCAUUAUUGUCAUUAAGGAGAUAGUGGGCUACAUGAAAUCCUCUGUAUUCAUAAAUAAUGCUCAGUUUGACAGAAAAAUCCCUCUUUCCUUUGACACUAAUGACUUCUCUUCUCUUCUGCUGCGAGAUACUUUUCAGGAGGUCGGGUUUUAUGCUUCACUUAUCAGGAUGAAUGCCUGAAGUUUAAUCAUUACAAACGGCAUGCGCUCUCAUUUGUGUUACAGAGUGUCGUGUAACUACUCUAAGCCUAGAAGAAGAUGCCUUUUAUUAGGCAAUAAAUACUUUAUGCUCUUCCUCAGGUAACAGCUUUUUACUGGCUGUAGUGGGUUGUGUUUUGAAGUGUGUGGUUAUUGUCCUUAUUGUGCAUUGCUAACUUUAAAUGCAGGUAAACAGGCAGUAAUACUAUGAUAACUAUAGUACAUUCACUGCCACAUUUGGAUAAAGACAACUUCAAUGUCAAUGGUUUGGUUAAUCUCUUACAUAUUUAACAUACAGAAUUUAAUCCUACAGAUAAAUGUAGCAGUAUCUGAUUAUCUUUAAUGUUUCAGUUUAAUUUAUUAUUUUGUGUUUUGUCUGUUUGAAUAUUUUGUAAAUACAGUGGUGCCUGCCUUUUCUAACAGUUUCUGCCAUAUAUGUUUGUGAUGUUUUUUUGUUAUACUUUUAUUAUUGUGACAAAUUGUCUGGUAUGAUGUUGCAAUAUUGUUAUUUUAACCCUGUACAGGGUAUGUUAACUACUUAAGGACAAUCACGUUGCUAAGCAGAUGUACCACAGAUGCUACAAAACAGAAUUUUCCACUAUGUAGCAGCUAACUGCAUCUUGUGACAUUGAUAAAUGUCACAAGAUAUUAAACAACAGGAAGGGAAAGCAAUGCCUCUCAAGUUCAGUAAUGAAAGAGUAAAACUAGUGACAUGUUGAGGAUUUUCAAGAAAGGCUUUUGACUGUCAGACUCUUCAAUUUUAACAUGUCUGUGUAUCCUUUCACUUGUAGCUCCUGUGUUGACCUUUUGGCUUUUUAUUUGUGCCUCUUGACAUAGUUUCAUCACAACAACACUUCCUAUUUAUAGCAGUUUUCACUCAGCCUCUUAGGCUAUUUCUGUCUCUGGCUAGCUUUCUUUAUGGACUAAGACUAAGAGGCCGUAUCAUGUUGUAGUCAAAUAAGGCCUUGCUUUUCCUCUCCUGGAUCUGUCAUCUGCUGUUUGCUCUGCGUUAAUGCGACUGAACUCUGUGUGGGAGACUAAAGCUUUUAGGUAAUUUUGGUAGGAGUGGAUACUUGAUGUUAUUUUGUAUAAAUGCAUAAAACAAAAUGAAGUUUGACUUCGUCUGUGAGCCCUUCUUUUGUGUUUAAUUUGCAUGGAAAACACACCAACAUGUCUUAAAACAAAUUAUGUUUUGAAACCCUGCUUGUAAGAAACUAUAAAUCUUCCAAGAGUGCAUGACAAAGUUCACUUUUCACAUCGAAAUGAAAAUGAAUGUAAGAAGAAUAGACACUGAAAUUCAGGUCAAAAAGCUGACUGUGCAACCAUUGGGCCACUAACAACCUGUCACCUCAUAUGAGUCUGCAAUACAAGAAAACUAAUGUGCCUAUCAAUUCGAUAUUGAAAGAGACUACCUUGAGGGACUUUUCUAACUUUUGCCACCAGUCUCAUCAUGAGGCAAUAAUGACAAGGUGAUGAAACAAUCGUGCAGGUUAUUUGGAGGCUGUGUUCAGAUCAAUAAAUCAUCUGCUGGUUCACGAUGCGAGGCCAGAGAGCAUGUGAUAUCUAAGUGUAAGACCAGACAGCAAGAAGAAAACAGAUGAAAUUACAACAGUAUGAGAUAAUAGCAACAGUAUUAGAAUCAGGAUUACAGCAUUAAGUAAGAUUGUUUGUGAGUUCAAGAAGCCUGCCUGGGACACUUCUUGCAGCCACAGUCGAUCUUUGGUAUGUUUGGGGAAUUUAUUCCAUUUCACAACAGCGGGGUAUGCGCUUCUGAACUGCUUCACUUUAUUUGCCAAUGCCUCAUCUUUCUUCAAAAUUGAUCUGGACUUUCAGCCUGCGCGGGGAGGACAUACAUUCAUUGAUUAACUGUCUCUGUGUUGCAUGGAUCAAUGUUAUUUGCCAGUUUGCUUUCUGCAAUCAUAUUGUUUGGCUCUGCCUGUCUUAUCAUAUACUGGACAAAUCAUUUAUGUAGGAGCUUUAAAGGGACAUUUCUUUGUGGUGGGAGAGUGGUAGAAAAAAAAACACAUUAAAAUAAAGGGACCAAUUUACUCUUAAACCAAGAGGGUCUGCUUUAGUGUAUUUAUUGACAUUAUUUAUUUUCACAUUUUUUUUCUAACAUGAUUACCCAAAUCAGUGAGGACAUAUUACGUUUUGUAGCCCACAUUUAGAGAACAGGAUUGACAUUUAACAUUUUAAAGGUUAAAAAGUUUCUUUAUACAUAAAAGGGAAUUUGUGAAAAGCUGAUUGAAUAUGCAAACUUCAAACUAACAAAUUCACAAAAUCUCAGGUUGUACUGCUGAUGCCCACAAGGGUGCAGUGUAGCUACAUUGCCAAAAUCUCUGUUUGACACGACAGUGGACCAUGGUCCAGAUGUUAAGUGUGUACACCACACACACACACACACACACGGCUCACACACACAAACGAAGCAGGACACAAAACUGGCAGAGCACCCCCUCCUCCUUCUUCCCCACCUGUGAGCCCACCUGUGUGUCCAUCUGCAGAGGAGAGACGCCAGUUGUUCUGGUUAGGAGCCAGUGUGUCUCAAGUACCUGCCCAUAUCCUCCUUCUAUGAGCCUGUCUGCUGCCUGUCCUCCACAGAAAGGCAUAUAUAUUACAUAGAGAAAGUAAAGUGGAAAGAAUAAAUCACCUUCUUCUCAACUUCUAGAAUAUUUUCAUGAUCAAAACUUUAAAAAAUAUCUGUAGCUGUAACAUCUGACAUUAAAGAGAAAGACAACCCUGAUCAAGAAUGAGUCUAAAAGAGCUUCUCUGGAUUCAAGUUCGUAAUGUUUGUAACUGUACGUAGCUUGUAGAGCUUAAGAUUAACAGUUCAAUUAUGCAAUUUCAGCGCAUAUAAAACAGGCAAUGGCCACAAACAGCCCAUUCUAAAGAAAAUAUGCUUGACACUGCAUUUUCUAACCCUCCUCAAGCAUUAAAAUGAUCUAUUAUCUCUUUAGAGAUGGUGCUGGAUACAUCUCCAUGAUUAGAGGAGACAAACAAUGAUGAAUAAGCUUCAGCUUUAUUAAAGGGGAAAAAAAGCCCUCCUGCUUCUCCUAGCUAAGUGGGGACUGAGCAUUUAUUGUAGAACACCACAGGGGAAAUAAAAAACCCACACGGCCGUCUCAUGAAGUGAGAAUCUUUGUCCUUAACCCAAGAUUUUCGCUCAGUAACUAGAAUGACCUCGCAUCUGGUGCUGCCACGGCUUGUCUGACAGGAAAAUGUCUGUCCUCGCUAGGUAACAAAUGAACCCAACACCCCAGAGACCGCUCUCGCAUCUGUUUAUCUUUUUCACCUGUCGGUUCACUGCACUGCAUCAGACUUACACUCCUCUGCAGCCUUUGUGGGUUUUAGAGCACGCCUUUGGCACAUUACAGGGUCACAGAUAGGCGGUGUGGCUGGCAGGAACAUUUGUGACUUAAUACCUUGAUAGUAUUGAAAUGAAACAAAUUAUACAAAUUAAAAUGUAAAUUUUGUGAGCAGUUUUAAACUAUUGUAAUUAGUGACAAAAGGAAAGGGGUAAAUAAAUCUGUUCAAACAACUUAGUACAAGGAUAUGCUGCUUUUUCCUUCGUCUUUUUUAUUCUACAUUUGAUAUUUCUUAGUGUCCAUUUGAUCAUCAUACAAGUACCAGUAACCACUUAACACAAUGAAAGUUAUUUAAUUCUCAAAUCAAUGAGGAAACACUAAACGUAAAGAACAGGAUUGAAGUUAGAAAUUGUAACUCUUGACUCUGCACCUCUCUGCAGCUUUAACCUUGAUAAAGACAAAGAAUACUAUCCAGAUGUUUAAAGUAUGUAAAAUUUAGCAACAGUUUUGGAGCUACGACUGAAUACCAAAAUUAAGGCCUUGGUGAGUACAACAGGAAGGUACCGUCCUCUGUGCAUUUGUGGGGUUAAAAGGUUGAACAAAAUGUCAGGCACUGAGCAGCAGAUGCAUAAUUGAAACAUUGCGUUGCUGUUGCAGCCAUGCACAAGGUUGUUUGAUUGAUACCGUUUUAGAGCACUCCUGUCCCCUCAUGCUCUGGGGGUUUACCUGGGGACAAACCAGGGGAGGGGGAAAGGUGCUUAGGUGGCUCAUCUGGGUUUUGGAGGAAAAUUGGUGCCAUCCAUCAAACAGUGCGUUUAACAAACGCUAACGCAGGCCUGGCCAACAAAGGAUUCGUAUAUAAGGCAGCAGAGCGGGAAACAUGUGAGGUGCAGGGACUGCUGAGGGUCUAUCAAUCAACCAGUCAGCUCCUUUAUUUAACAAGCGAGGGCCACAGACCCUGAGGGCCACACUCCAUAUUCUGGCUGGUUGGGCUUGCAGUCUCCUCCUGUAAGAAGGAGGAAAAAAGGGGUAAGAGAGGGAUGAACGUGAAAGAAAGAGGAGCAUGAAGGGAUUGGGGUUGGGGGUUGUGAUGGAGGUGCAGGAGGGUUUGGCCUGGUCCCCUGGUGUGCCGGUGCGCUUCAUCUUCUCAGUGCAAGGGCCUGGAACUGCUGCUUGAUGGGAUUUUCAGCCCUGUGGCCUCCGCUGUCCCAGCAUCCAUCUGGAGAGCUGCCGUGUGCGCAGCGCAGAGCCAGCCACUCAGCGACACAGCCAUAAAGAACAACCCAUAGGCCAGCCAAUGCCACUGAUCUGAGGCUCGCAGCUCCGUUCAGAGGACAGGCCAACACCCAGUGGCACACAUUCCUGUCAGGGACACAGGCUUGAUCCCUGAGCUACUGUGUGCUCAGUGGAACAGACGAUACGCUCUGCGAGGCAGCGCACAUCCAACCACAGACUCCUUCAAAGCCUCGAGAAAUUGAAAUGGAACGAGGACGUCACUAUUCAGCAUCCUUAAUGGUGUGGAGAGGACGAUCUCCCAGCUCUCAUUUGUUCUGUCUCUGUGUGUGUCACAGCUUUGAAAUAUAUACACUUAUUGCACUGGUCUGCACUGCUCAGGUCAUAUUGUGCAUUCGGUUUCUGAUCAAGGCCAGGAAAAGAGGGAACAGAGGAACCUAAUAGACGAUGCAAACAUAUCCACAGUAGUCACACACAUUCCUGUUUUCAAUGCCUCUGGCAGAGGGUUUGUUGUAAUAAAACCUUGCCUGAAAACACAACUUCCUUUGCAUGUUCAAUGAAGUCCUUUUUUGACAGGGCGUCCAAUUUAAUACCACAACAUACAGCAUCCAGAACAAUAAUAUCAGCGAUAUAUAAUUGAAAAUCAAGAGCAAAUAUACAGAGACAAUCGUUACUGCCUCUCAUUAUUGGAUCCAAUUUAUGUAUACCCCAAGGGAAGAAGUAGAAAAUUAUAGAUCGCCACUGUGGAGAGCGGAGAUACAGUACCCAGUAUAUUGGUGGUGCACGUGCUGGAGAUCCAGUCUGAUAUAUUUGAUAUAUGUGUGGGAAGUUUGGAUUGGAAAUGUUUUGUUCCUCCUCAGGGCUUCGUGGCUUCAUUAGCAUAUCUUUUCCCUCCUGACGACUGUAAAUUCAGUGAAUGCAGCCCUGCAGUGGGUAAGGUGGGCAGACGGCAGACUGUAUAAAUAAACAGAGUCUGUCUGAGGGCAGCACUGUGGCCCCCACCUGCCCACCAUCAAUCAAUAUUACAGCGGCCACUGGCAGCCCAAUCGCCUUUUUAUAGGGCUGUGAAAUGAUCAAACAUCUGCUCAUAACCAUGCUUCAUAUAUAGAUGGAUCAUACAUAUCAUAUCAGAUUCUGCAUAAUAUCAUGUCGCACAACAGGAUACAACAAUGACAUUUAUGCAAAAGGGGAAUAUUCAGGGGCAUGAGCAGCCUUGAGGCAGAUUCCUCAAUAACAAAUCCAGUCAGCUUUUUGAAUCAACAAAGACUAAAUAGACGACAGUCAACACAACUUUUCCUUGCAAACACAGUCCUACCUUAGCCACACAUAGGAACAAAAAGUAACACAAACUGCAAAGGUAAAAAAAUUGAAAAGCUAGUGACUGAAACCACAAAUUAUGGCCAGAAAAUUCAUUUUUUUGGAGCUGAAAUGUUUAUUUCACUUACUACUGAAAAACAAAAAAAUCAAAAUGUCCGUAAAAUUUAACAAAUAUAUUCAUUGAUCUGGUUUGAUACAUUAGAUGUUUUUGGAAACUGAUAAACCACAAAAGGACAUUUUUAUCAUUUAUCGGACUGUAUUCAGGUAUUUUUUUUGGUAAUUUGUUGAUCAUAUUGAUUUGACAUAAGUUUUAUUAAAGUAUGUGUCAAAUAUGAUACAAAAGGCAUUACAGGGCUAGAACUGAAUGAUGGAAGUUCAUAAAAUAUUACACUUCAACAUCUCCAAUCUCAAAUGUGGCCUUUUCUGGUUGAAAAUAAUCAAUCAGAGUGAAUAUGAUCCAAAUUUCCAUGAUAAAUCAAGAUAAACUUCUAAUUUCCAGUUAUGACAAACAAAAAAGUUCUGGAGUGCUUGUAGUGACAAAAGGUAUUUUCAAGAGCAGCUAAGUGAGUUUAUUGAAGCGAAUCAAUAUUCUGAUGACAAGGUACUCAGAAAAUUUUGCUCUCUGCAUUGAUAAAUACUUUUAUUUGCCGAAGCUACACUUCAUAUUUUCUUCCCCAAUUAUCACAUGCUCUCUUGUUUUGAGUAAGCACCUUCCACCUCCUUGUUUACUGUCUAAAAGUCAGCCAUUGCGAACAGGAUAAAAGUUGAGGCCAGUAACUAGUUUGGCAACUGUAGUAGACAAAGGUUAGGGGGUCUCGGUCCACAGAGAGGGGGAAUGAAUCCAACUGGUCCAAGGUUAAUGGUGGCUCCGAACAAAAUGGAUUCAGUGCCAGGGGCGUGCUGACAGGUGAUUUGACAUGAGUGAAGGUGGGCCAUCAAUCUCCUGUUGGCCCCUUUGACCCUCCCCGCCCAGCAGUAGCAGCUAGGGGGCGCCAGGUGUCAUGGCACCCUGACCUGUGCGGGUCUCCAGAUAGCCCACCUGCUGUCUGCCUAAAGCUCCCCCUACGGCGGGUAAAGAGACUCCCAUCACUUCACGCUCGGCCGGCAUAAUGAAACUGUGAUUGGAAGAUAGUGAACUGUGACAGGCAGGAGUAGACUCAAAGUCUUUGACCAAAUUCAGACUGCUCGCUCUAGGUUUCCUUUUACAGCGCGCUUUUCUCUUGAAUCGCUCUGACAAUUUAAUGGUGCAAAAAUGAUAAUCUGCCAGCCGGGCUUUGAUACGCUCUCUCACUCUGAGUGACUAUUGUGUCCCAUACUGCAGAGUAUAGAGAUUUAAUUCAAACUGGGGAGAAAUAUCAUCAACAUUUGCUGAAAUAAAACUACUAUGUGUAAUAUGAACAUCACCAUGUGCAUGUGUGCAAUGCUCUUUCCCCCCCUGUGUUGUCCAAAACCUCCUGGGGGAGGCUCAGCUCCAUGUUUAAACCUGACAUAAAUUCCCUGUCACAAAUCCCCAGGGCAGCCAGGCUUGUAGGCACAAAAGCAAAUAUUUCCGUUCCUGAUCAUGGCCAAUCCCUUUUAACAUCCCCACCCACUGACCAUCCCUCCAUCCCCACCCAUCCUCCCUUUCCAACCCUCCCUCUGAACCUACCCGAGCACCGCAAGCCAGCCAUUUGUCACAAAGUAAUUAUAGAAUUAUCGAUUGGCAAGCAAUUAACACCUUUCUUCUCUUUUUUUUUCCAGGCCUCCUCUUUGCCCCCACCCCAUCCUUUAAUUUGAACUCGGAGAGAGAAAGAAUAAAAGGCUGAGGUUGGGGGUUGGGGGGUGGAGGGUGUAGGCGUGGGAGUAACACAUUUAAUCCUGCUGGCAUUUCCUAGUUCUCCUCAAAUUAAUAGGGCGACAGGGACAAAACGGCUUUUCUCUUUCUUGCUCUGUUUCCUCGGUUAUUUCUCUCCUUGUCUUGCCUGCUGAUCUGUCUUUAACAGACAGGGAGCUGCUUAGAGAACAGCCAAACACUCUAUUCAAGCUGAGAUGAAUGAAUACCCCAUUAAACCUGGUUUUUAAAGAACACCUUGCAUGCUUGAUAGAUACAUACCUCCUGAUGUGAAAACCUCAACAAUGUUGUUGAACUCUGAAAGAGAAAAUGACUCAACCGACACUGACUAUUCUUAAUUUUACGUCUAUCCCACCUCUUCUUCCUGUCCUGUUUUCCGUCCGCUGCUCCUAGUAUUGGUCCAGAUGGACGUGCAGGGGGAACAGUGCUAGCACUGCUGGCUGGCAGGUGUCUGAGUCAGGAUGGAUGUCAUGGAACAUCACCUUAGUAACAUAUGGAGAGGGACAGGGGAGAUGGUUUCCCCUUCUGGCAAGUAUGAUAACACAUCUUCUCUUUCUGUUUAUCUGUCUCUUCCUCCCUACUUCACUCUCUCCUCUGACUUUCAUAUUAUGCUCCUCUGGUCCACUAAAAGGGAUUUAAUGUCAUUGAGAUUUAUUUUUCACCAUUUGCUUCUUCUUUUUAAUACCAGGAUAUUUUGUUGUAUCUGAAAUGGAGCAUAAUAUGUAUUCUUAAACUAUGGAUCAGACCCCAAAGUGGGUCACGGCUCUACUUUUAGUGUCGUCCCACAAAGUAAAAGUACCAAUAAAUAUUAAUGAGUCUGUAUCCUAGGAUGAGAGACUAAAUUUCUAAUUUGGGUUUCUGCAGUGGAAAAAAGAGGCCCUGAGUUACACAAUUUAAUUUUCUUCUGCCUCCUCGAAUAAGGGGGCAAGGCUACUUCUAAAUUGCAAUUCAUGUCAUCACACCAGCAUUGAAUAGUUUCCCUUUUUUCUGAGGGGAGCAGAUGAGACAGAGCUGCUGUUGUCAUCCAUCACAUUGAUGGUGACAAAUUUAGUCACUUUGAUAAAAAUAAAACCAACAGUAUGAAUCCUUGUUCCUUUGCCAAAAUGACAAUAGUGUGGUUAAGUGAGGGAAUACGGAAAAUGUUUAUGGGAGAAGUGUCUACAUCGUGACAAAAACAUUGAAUAAUUUAAUGGCUUUCAUGUGGGCUGUCAGCUUCAAUGCGAUUAAGAUCCAUAUUUAACUCAAUUUUUUAUCACUUACUUAUCUUUGAGUCACAGAGGCUUACUACUUUUGUCCUUUUUCUUUUGACUAAAGUUUAAAAUCUAAGAAUAGGAACAUUAACGCAUGUCAACAGUAAUACGCACUUUGUGUCAAACUGAAUCAAAAUAUAACAAAAGUCAAUUUUUAUCCCAAAUUCAAGUCAUCGUUGGAACAUGGAGAGAAAGGUUUUUAUUUGAAUCAUAAUGUGCAACUUCAGUUCAAAAUCUAUCAGUGUAUCAGGCCCACUGAAGUUUGAUCGUGCAGAGGGCGUGAUCUUCAAAACCUGAUCGUUACAUGACUUCAGUAAAUCAAAACAGUAAUGUUUUUCCACAAAAAUGGAGGACCAAUUCAAUCAAUCAAAUAACACUAAGCAAACAAACACAACACCCAAACAUCUGAGAAGUGCGAGGAAUAAUUUGAGGUUCUCCACCAUAGAUUUCACAUUAAAAGCCCAAGAUAUGACUGUAUGUUGACUUUGUACAAAGCAGCUGGUCAAAAACAACUACAAUGAAUCCUUGUGUUUCAUAAGGUAUGUAGGAGAUGGCACAAAUAAGCAGUGUAAUGUCAGCAGGUAAUAUUGUAAAUAAAAAGAGAGCUAUACUUGAUACCAAGCAAGUUAGGAAGGUUCUAUAUGUCCAAACAUUACUUUGGGAUACCUUUUCAGUAUUGAUCCAAAAAUUGAUUGUUUUGAGGAAGUAACAUCCCUGCAAGCUAAAAUAUUUAUUAGAUUGAUGUAAACAGGGAACCCCCCUUACAAAGACCUACAAAGCACUAUUUUGGAGUAUUUUAGUCUCCAAAGACGAUUGAAUUGAACUUAAUCCAACAAUUUUACCAUAGUGCUCGCUAAUGGGUGGAAAGUAACUGCAGACCAGUCAACACUAUGGAAGACAAGAGUCUAAGAGACAUCUUCGGGCUAGUAUCUUGUAAUCAGUGAUCAUCAAUCAAAAUUAGGUUGAUGACUGCACUCCAGGUUGACGCUGAUUGGAUAUUGCACUCCUUUGCUUUAAUGGUUCCACAUACAGAGGAAGGACACUGUAAAGAAGCAUGUGCCCAGCACUUAAAGUGCACAAAAAUGACAUAAUGCAAGAGACGCUUGUAACAUCGGCCAAAUGCAGCAGAUCUACGACAACAGCCGGAGAAUGGACAAUAGCCGGAGCCUCUAAUCCAAGAUGUUUCCACCAGAUGGAAGACCACAUUGAGUUUGAUCAUCAGACUGAAAAGGAACAAAGAUCCACUCAGAGCUACGCUUGAUCUUCAUCAGUAACAAAGUCCAGCAGUUAUGAACCAGUGCAGAAUUUGAAAACAUCAGGAUGCUUGAGACACUCUUGUAGCAAUGCAUGUAAGCUGUUUGAAUAACAAGAAAAAAAAAAUCCUAGAAAUAUCUUCUUACUCUGAUGCAGCAAACUGGAUGUUCAUCUUUUAGCUGGCUUUGUUGUGUCUUUAACAACUCUUAAUUACGAAGAAAAUGCAAAUGUAAUUCAUUAUUGUAGAGUGUUAACAUUUUCAACAACAGUGUUGGCAAUACUGCAAAUAGCUAAAGACUAACAGUAACACCAAUGUUUCCAGGGCCAAUACUGGGCAGAGUCAGCUUAUUUUACUGCUAGCUGCAUGGCUAACUGGGGGUCCAUGGCUGGAAGAAGCUGCCCUGCAGCUCAGUGGAACUUUUACAGGACUUGGCUCCAAUUAUUCCUGGGCUGCUGCUUAACAAACAUGGAGUUUUCCAGUUAUAUGAAGAGAAUUUGGCCUGACAGCCCUCCUGCUCGUCUGCCUUCUGUAUCCCUGGUGCCAGGGUCUAGAACAGACCCCCUCCCCUCUGUAAAUCACUCAGCUGGUGUAUUAAUGAAUAUGUUUUUGUAUUUUCAGUCAUUCAUUAUUUGAGUGAAUGCAAACACUCCUCCCAACUAACCUGAAGAUACUACUGCCCCUUUCAGCUGAUGCCUGAUGUGCUGGGCCUGAUAACAUCUUGAAUAACCUUAGGACUGCUAGGACCCCCUGGUUACAAGGCUAACUGAUGUCCAUUGCUGAUUGAAGCUUCACUGAGCACCCAUUAAAUUAGCAAGGCUUUCCGGACAUUAUGAACCUUUUCUCAACAAGGUUGGCUGAGUUUAUUUACAUAUUCAUACAAUCAUUAACUGUCACCGUAAACAUCAGACACAACAUACUUUGAUGGUGUUUGUCAGUAAGAGUCUAAUAAUAUCAAUUAAAUUUGGUGUUUUGACUUCUCCAACCUGUUGAUAAUAAAGUUGUGUCACUUAGCGCCCCCCACAGGCCUGCAGCACUUCAGUUUAAGGACCUAACUUGCAGCUUUUACCUUUAUCUGCAGCUGCUUUCUGGUAAUGUGCAUUUUGCUUAGUUUCGUUUGUGUAUUUUACAAUGGUUUUUCUGCACAUGCAAUGGUUUUGCUUUUUUUCAGCAGGUCUUUCUACUUGCUGCAAUUUCCCUCCAUUGUGUUUGUUUUGGACUGUUGCAUGCGUUUCACAAGUUGUGUCUUUUCUGCAUUUGCAGCACAAAUCUCCAAAUGAAGAUGGUUUGGGCUGAUGCAGAUCACUUGCCCUUUUUGGCCACCAUACAUAGUAGUGUAGCAGUGAGCAAGUAAUUGAGUAACUAGUCUUAAAGUCAAGACUAUACAGUACGUUUCAUUUCUAAAUAGAAGAACUGGUAAGAAUUGCUUUGAACUGUUAACUGUUUUUAAAACGCAAAAUAAUGGAAUUCCAAACAUGUAAUUAAACCACAAUUCAAUACUGAAAUUCAGUGAUAAAAUGCAUUCUGGAAAUUAACUGUUUGACAGCCCCAGUCUGAAUGCUUGCUCUUAUAUACACACAAAAAUAAAUACCUACAUUUGUUUGCAAAUGCAGCCCGUUUGAGUUCACCGCAGGCUCCCUCUCUCCAAAUGCCACUAACUUAAUUUGAGUGGCAUUUAUUUGACAGCAAUUUAGGAACAAUUUGAAGCCAUUGAAGGACCCUUUUUCUUUCAUGCUGUAGUGCUAAUCAAUAGUUCCCCUUGGGAUGGUAUUCAAACACACAUACAGCAAUAUUCCUUCCUGAAAAACACUGUGAUAUUGACCUGUUUUUCCUGCCCUGCAGCCCUUCUUAUUUUCUCAAAGAAAUGGUAACCCAGGAGACCCACAUUGUUGUGGCCCUCUGCUCAAUGCAGGUUUUCUGGCUUUUAUGGCUGAAAACACCCGCGGCUCUCUGUCACUGCUUCUUCUUCCAAAAAAAGGAAAAGAAACCCCCCUCACUUUUUUGCAGUUUAUUCUGCUCUUUUGAUAUUUGGAAGAGUUAAGUUAGAACUUAAGAAAUUUUUUAAAUCUAUCUGACAUCUGACUUAUUACAUUUUGUAACGAUAAAAGGGUGAUGAUAAUUUAGAAAUGACCAAACUUCAUCAUUAAAGUACCUCUUGCCUCUUUACAGUUGUGCAGGAAAUUCUACAAGCUGUUGAAUCAAAAAGCUGGCAUACAUUUUCUGUUGAUUCAGUCAUUUAUCAGUGCUGCUGCAACCUUCAAAAUGUUAGGAUUAGAAAGCAUUACAAAUGCUCUGAUACAAGGCAUCAUUUGCACAGAGGUAAAUGAUAUCAUGUAGUGCUGAUUUGUCAAAUUCUUGUAAUUAAAAAAAAAUGACCACAAUAAAUGUGAAGGCUAGCCAUGGAAAACUGAAAUGAGAUAAAGCCUAAGCAUUGACUCUUUAGAGCUUUCACAUUCAGUCAAGUUUGGUUGGAUUUAUGUCAUUCAUCUUUCCUUUCUGAAGCACUGUUAACCC